AAAGCAAAUAAAAUGUAGGAACCAAUGGAGCUGCAGCAACAAUAAACGGUGGCUCCGUGAAAACAGAGCCCCACAGCAGAUAAUGACAACCACCUCUCUACGUACCUCCAAUCCGCCCCUGUUUUUAUAUAAUAUAAUAUAAUAUAAUUCGUCAGUGUUUGAUACAAUAUUAAUUCAUCACUCACCAAAUAAUACAAGUACUGAAUCUUCUUACAUUAGUUAUGAAGUUCUUCCCGGAAUUUGGAUCCUGUUGGGGCUGCGUAACGAUCGGAUCAUCGGCGGAUGUCGCUGGCGGUGGGUGGCGGACGACGACGGUGGAACAGAGAGGAAACUGCCACACUACUCAUUGUCAAUCAAAGAGUACUACUAGAAGGCCAGUGAAACCGAACCCCCGCGGCGGCGCUACAGCCCAUUGGCAGCCCAAGCUUAAUGCAAUCUCCGAGAAUAACCCGUUGCCGGAGGUUAUGAAACGGCCGGUGAAAGCCAAAUCCAAAUCGCCGGCGAGGGUUGCACCGCCACCAAAUCUCCGAGAGGAGGAAUAUUGGGAAUCUUCCUACGCCAUGGCCCUCCCAGCUUUCUCUCCGACGUCGGUUUUGUUCUGAACUCAAUCGAAAAGGGAUUUCUUCCUCGAUUUACAUCAAAAUUGUAUAUAUAUAUUCCUAAAUCCAAGAUUUGCAUAUACUUUGUAAUAUGAAUCCAUGUUCAAUAUUAAUUUUUUUUAACGUGUACU